UGAUGUCAAGUUAGCUUCGAUGUUAGACGCCAUUAGCAUCCACAUCUUCGUACGGUAACUGAAAAGCACUUGCUCAGUGAAGAGAUGAUUAGACCGUCUUUGUUGACCUCCUGCUGGGAGAAAUGAAGCAUUCAUCGCCGUGCCAAUGCUGCCUGCUCAUCAAAUCCCAUUACUACAACAUUUCAGCUUUGGCUUCAAAGUUGAAAAGAACCCCACAAGGUCGUCAUACCUUCUAUGGCCGUAGGGGUCACUGUUGAGCAGGAGCUGACAUCCCCGGAGGUGAGAAAGCGGCUGUGCCCUACAGUCGUCCACACCGCAGCGCCUCAGUGUCGGCGAAGCUGAGAGCACAGGAGCCACUCGGCUUCUUCUCCUAUCUUCUACCACAAGACCAGACACCAGGAUGCUGCUGCAGGGGAGAUUCUCCGGUGCACUUUGUGUGGGACUUUGCUACCUUUUCAACGCACCUUUAUUGCUGGGCUUUAACCUGGACACCAGCCAUGUGAUCAGGAAGGACGGACAGCCUGGGAGUCUUUUUGGCUUCUCUCUUGCCAUGCACCGGCAGUUGAACCCGGACAAACGAAUGUUGUUGAUCGGUGCCCCCAGAGCCAGGGCUUUAGGCAAACAGACGGCCAACAUCACCGGAGGUCUUUAUAAAUGCGACAUCAGCCACUCCCCAGAUUGCCAGCGCAUUUUAUUUGACAGCGAAGAGGACAUCCGAGUUGAGAACAAAGAGAACCAGUGGAUGGGGGUGACGGUCCAGAGUCAGGGACCCGGGGGGAAGAUUGUGACGUGCGCUCAUCGCUACCAGAGGCGCAUGUUUGUGAACACGCCCCAGGAGGCCCGUGACAUCACGGGGCGCUGCUACGUGCUGAGUCAGGACCUGACCAUCGACGAGUCGUCCGACGAGGACGGCGGCAACUGGAACUUCUGCGAGGGUCGCGCCAGAGGCCACGAGAUGUUCGGGUCGUGUCAGCAGGGCCUGGCGGCCACCUUCACCAGGGACUACCAUUACUUGGUGUUUGGGGCUCCUGGGGCGUACAACUGGAAAGGCAUCGUGCGCGUGGAGCAGAAAAACGACACCCUGUUGGAGAUGGGCGUGUAUGAUGACGGCCCGUAUGAAGUUGGCGAUGAGCACGUCUUGAACCCGGAGCUUGUACCCGUGCCUGCUAACAGCUACCUGGGAUUCUCCCUGGACUCGGGCCACAGCAUCACCAGGAGGCGUGGCUUAACAGUGGUGGCCGGAGCACCGCGAGCCAAUCACAGCGGAGCCGUUCUGCUCCUGAGAAAGGAGAACGCCGCCUCGGCUCGGCUGGCGGUGGAGCACACGCUGCACGGCCCCGGGUUGGCGUCCUCUUUCGGUUACGACGUGGCCGUGGUGGACUUGAACGGGGACGGAUGGCAGGACAUCGUGGUGGGAGCGCCUCAGUUCUACAUGAAGGACGGGGACAUCGGGGGUGCUGUUUAUGUCUACAUGAACCAGGCGGGACGAUGGGGAGGGGUGGCUCCUCUCCGUUUAAACGGGACCAGAGACUCCAUGUUUGGCCUGGCGGUGGAAAACAUCGGAGAUGUCAAUCAAGACUCUUACAAAGACAUUGCCGUUGGAGCGCCCUAUGAUGACGGCGGCGCAGGAAAAGUCUACGUUUACCACGGCUCUGCACGGGGAGUCAUCAGCAGCCCGGCUCAGAUUCUUUCUGGCAAAGAACACAACAUUGGACUUUUUGGUUAUUCUCUGGCGGGGAACCUGGACCUGGACAGUAACUCCUAUCCUGACCUGGCGGUGGGCUCGCUGUCAGACUCGGCUCUCAUUUUCAGGGCAAGACCAGUCGUUACUAUCCACCGAAACGUGAAAAUAUCCCCUCGGGAGAUUGACCUGACAAGAAAAAACUGUGGAAACAAUAUUUGCUUCACUGUAGACGCAUGCUUCAGCUACAAAGCAAACCCAACGUCUUACAACCCAAAACUUGCCAUUAGCUUUUCCGUGGAGGUAGAUGGAGAUCGCAGGAAACAAGGCUUGCUGUCCAGGGCGGUGUUCUUGAACAAGUCCCAUUCGGAAACAGAACAUCACUUUAACGGGACUUUGGACCUGCGGGGGCAGAAACAGGAAACGUGCAUCAAAAUAAAAGCCAAGUUAAAGGACAAUAUCAAGGACAAGAUGCGGAGCAUUCCCAUCGAGGUGUCAGCACAAAUAGUAGGCACCAAGCGUCAGAAGACCAAGAACGGCCUCCCCCAGCUGAUGCCCAUCUUGGAUUCUUCUCAGGCGACAAAAGGAAUCAUUCAGGUGAAUUUCGUAAAGGAAGGCUGUGGAAGCGAUCACGUUUGUCGCAGCAACUUGAAGAUGGACUACAAGUUUCUGUACAAGCAAAGCAACCAAGAUAUUUACACACCGUUGCCCAUCAGGAACAACGUGCCCGUGUUUCACCUCAGCUACGAGAAGAAGGACUUAGCUUUGCGGCUAAGCAUCAGCAACGACAACGGCGACGACGCCUACGAGGCCAAGCUGGCGGGCUCCUUUCCUGACACGCUGUCCUACUCGGGAGUCCGCUCACAUCGCACCGCGAUGGACAAGCACAUCAUCUGUGUCGCCAACCAAAAUGGCUCCCAGGCCGACUGCGAGCUCGGCAACCCGUUUAAGCGGGACUCCCAGGUGACCUUUUACAUCAUCCUGAGCACCGUGGCCGUGACGCUGGACACCUCGGAGAUUGAUAUCGACCUGCAGCUCCAAACAACCAGCGUACAAGAAGGUCUGGCCCAUGUGAGAGUCAAAGCCAAAGUGAUGAUCGAGCUGCCGUUGUCCAUUACUGGGGAAGCCAAUCCUCAUCGGGUUUCAUUCGGAGGAGUCGUGAGAGGAGAGAGCGCCAUGAAGACGGAAGAAGACAUCGGCGCUUUGGUCAAUUAUACCUUUAGAAUAAACAACCUGUGGGGAACAUCUGUCAAGUCGUCCCUGAACAUCCAGUGGCCCAAAUCCACCAAAAACGGCAAAUGGCUUUUAUACUUGGUGAAGAUGAGCGCUAAGGAGGGGUCACAUGAUGUCCUUUGUACGCCGCAGUCUGAGAUCAACCCUCUCAAGCACAUCCAGGAGAUGUCGGCAUCCCGGAAAAAGCGGGAAGUCGGUCAGAAGAAAACAGCGAGGUCGUUGUCAGACAAAAACAGGAUUUUGACAUGCGGGAAGGACUUGCAGUGUGUGGUGCUGCAGUGCCCCCUGCAGGGAUUGGAUGGAACCACAGUGGAACUCAGAGCUCGUCUGUGGAACGCCACCUUUCUGGAGGAUUACACCUCCAUGUCGUCGGUGGACAUCAUCGUGAGGGCUUCGCUCGUGCUGCACACUCAGGCCACAAACAUGAUCCUCACGACCCCCAACACUGACGUGAUGCUGACGGUGUUCCCAGAGAGUGCGGUGGCCCAAUAUGGCGGCGUGCCCUGGUGGAUCAUCGUGGUGGCUGUUCUGGCAGGGAUCUUGAUCUUGGCGUUGUUGGUGUUUCUGCUGUGGAAGUGUGGAUUCUUCAAACGCUCCAAGCAAGACGACACGGUUCCUCAGUACCACGCCGUGCGGAUCCGGAAGGAAUCCCCUCAACGUGAAGACGGCAAAGUCAAGCUGGAUCCUUUUGAGAAGAAGCCGUGGAUGACCACGUGGGUUGACAAUGAAAGCUACUCUUGAAUCAUCUGAGGGACGUAUUUGUCCUAAAUGACCAGACGCUUCAUUAGGUACACCUGCAGUUUGAGAGAUCUCACUCUAUCCUUUUUAUGGACGUUGUUGUUAAGAUUGUUGGAGGUGCCCAAGCCAGUAAAAGCCGACACAAAUGUAUUUUUUUAUUGUAUUCUUGUGCUCACCAGCAGUUGUCAGUCUUUCUACACUGUAGAGAUGAUUCUUUUGUAUAUAUUUCAGCACAUUGUGUAUUUAUUUUUGCAUAAAAGGAGCCAAAGAUGCUCAUACUUUUGUCUACACUGGAGGAACGUGCAUUUCAAAAUCAGCUACUGACGUGUUGCAGCGGUACCGACUCGUUGAAACCUUGCGGAAUUUGAAAAACAGUUGAAUUUUUUGUAUGAAUGUAGUAGUUUUUACAUUUUUUUUAGAAUUUUUGUGCUGUUUCGAUAACGUUCCUGGUGACCGAGAACGCUCACUCACCACCGAUUCUCAAGAUGUAAUCAGAUGUUUUAGUUUUGUAAUUGUUACGUCACUGACGGGGUGGGAAAGGGACGAUAAAACCACAAUAAAAAAAAUCAUAAAUGUGCAGAAUAAAAAUAUUUUUCAAAAUGAAAAGUACUGUGAGUUGUUUUAUUGGAUU